CAAUUACCUCACCCUUAAGAGACAGCCCAUUAGGUAAGGGCAAAACACACACGCACACAUCCCAUUAGGUAAGCAGCACGCCCACCCCCGACACGCGUGCACACGUGGCCCCCAUGAGAUAAGACGCACCCCCACAAACAUAUAUUACACACACACAGCCUCUUAGUUAAGGGCCCAUCCCCCUCUAAUGGGAAAGGAGAUUGAUAUAGACAGAAAAAAAAGACUUCUCAAGAUGUCGCUCUCCCUCUGCUUAGCUCGGCCCGGUUGAAAUAUUUAAAGCCAAGAUGGUAUUUUUCUUUCCUUUGUGCAGUCAUGGAUCUGUUGAUUUUCUCUGAUGUUGAUGUGCGUAUGCUCAGACAGUAGAGCAGGGGAAAAGGAAACCCAUCGGCUGACGGUGGUUCUUUUGUUGGUUUUGAGGAUCCAUACGUCACCAUAACUAGAGACCCCCUGACAGCCCCCAUCUGGUCCUCAUCAAGUGGUGCCGCCAACGGUCAGGCUGGAUGCUGUAUGGCACACAGACACCAGCGUAGAAGACCAGUAGACCAGUCCAGAAUAGGACCAUUAUCUCCCAGAGAGAACUCGUCUCGUCCACUCCAGGCUCCAUCACAAGGUGCUGAUAUGUGUACACGAUGAGUGGACUGGGGGACAACUCCAUGGAGCCUUUGAGCUCAGAAAACCGAAAACGCAAGCUCUCCACCUGCGACACGCCCAGUCUGGGGUGUGAGCGAAGGCGGCGGGAGCAGGAGAGUAAAUACAUUGAGGAGCUGGCCGAACUGAUCUCUGCCAAUCUCAGUGACAUCGACAGCUUCAACGUCAAGCCAGACAAGUGUGCUAUCCUCAAGGAGACGGUGCGCCAGAUCAGACAGAUCAAGGAGCAGGGCAAAGCGUCCUCCAACGAUGACGAUGUUCAGAAGUCAGAUGUGUCCUCCACGGGACAGGGGGUCAUCGACAAGGACCACCUGGGGCCGCUCCUGCUGCAGGCCCUGGAUGGCUUUUUAUUUGUGGUGAACCGGGAGGGCAGCAUUGUGUUUGUCUCUGACAACGUGACCCAGUACCUGCAGUACAAACAGGAGGAGCUCAUCAACACCUCCGCCUACAACAUCCUCCAUGAGGACGACAGGGAGGAGUUCCACAAGAACCUGCCCAAGACCAACGUGAAUGGGGUGUCCUGGGGGGGGGAGGCGCCCCGGCAGAAGAGCCACACCUUCAACUGCCGCAUGCUGGUCAAGUUUGGCAACACCCACGGGCCUGUAGAGGAGGGGCACGGAGGACCGCGCUACGAGACCAUGCAAUGCUUCGCCCUGACCCAGCCCAAGGCCAUGAUCGAAGACGGGGAAGACCUGCAGUCGUGUAUGAUCUGUGUGGCCCGUCGUGUGACCGCUGUGGAGAGAACAGAGAGCUUCAACACCCGACACGAGCUCACAGGUAAGCUGAUCCAGAUAGACCAGAACUCUCUGCGUGCGUCAAUGCGUCCUGGCUGGGAGGACCUGCUGAGGCGCUGUAUCCAGAUGUUCCUACAGCACAGCGACGGACAGCCCUGGUCCCACAAACGGCACUACCACGAGGCUUUCCUGCAGGGUCACGCUGAGACCCCCUUAUACCGCUUCUCCCUGUCAGACGGCACCCCUGUCACGGCCCAGACCAAGAGCAAGCUGUACCGCCACCCCAUGAGCAAUGAACCCCAGGGCUUCAUCUCCACUCACCUGCUACAGAGGGAGCAGAAUGGCUAUCGCUCUGCCCAGACUGGUGGCAUGAUGCCUGGGGCUAUGAGGCAGCAGGGCAUGGGGGGCCCCAACCCCAACGCCCAGAUGAACAUGCCCCCUGGCGCAGGGAUGGGGAUGGGGGGUAUGAACCGGGGCUAUGGGCCCAUGAAUGAACAGAGCCACAUGGGACAGAUGGGAGGGGGCUCAAUGUACGGAGGAAAUGGAGGUGGGGGUGGGGGUGGCGGUGGAGGCAUGGGCAACAGAAUGAUGCAGAUGAAUCAGAUGAAUCAAAUGAACCAUAUGGGCCAGAUGAACCAAAUGAAUCAGAUGGGUCAUCAGAUGAACCACCCGGGUCCAGGGAACCACCCAGGCAUGCAGCAUCCUCAGCACCCACAGCAGCACCCCUUCCAAAGCAGUGGGGGGUACGGACUUGGGGGUAUGAGCAGCCCCUUGGGGAGCCCCCGGAUGAGUGGCCCUCAGCAGGGGUUCCUGAUGUCCCCCCGAAAUCGAGGCAGCCCCAAGAUGGGCGCCAGUCAGUUCUCUCCUGGAGGCAUGCACUCCCCCAUAGGCCCUCAUGGAGGAGGAGGUGUGGGAGGAGGUGGCACCUCCUUUUCCAGCAGCUCCCUCAACGCCCUCCAGGCCAUCAGCGAGGGGGUCGGGAGCUCCCUCCCUUCGACCCUCGCCUCCCCCUCCCCGGCCCACAAACCAGACAGCUCCCCCAGCAUCCACUCCUCCUCUCAGUCCUCCCAGCCAAGCCAGCCGGCCAAACCAGGCCCGGACGGCUCCAAAAGCCCACCUGGGCCCGGCGAGCACCACCACCCCCUCCACCACCACCACCCACACACCCAGGCAGAGGGCUGCGGAGACCGGCUGGACAGCCAGGCCAUGGCAGGCAGCAAGGAGCCUGGAGAGGGGGCCAGCGAGGCUGGGGUGGCCAGCUCAGAACCCACCCGGAGAGUCCCAGACAGUAAGGGCCAUAAGAAGCUGCUGCAGCUGCUGACCUCCCCCACUGAGGAGCUGGGGUUAGGGGGAACCGGUCCGGCCUUGCCAUCUGUACCUCCCCCACCAGGCAGCAGCAACAUCCCAGCAGGGUCUGACACUAAGGACCCCACAGGAGGCAUGACCAGCCCUUCCUCUACCGGAGUCUCCUCCUCUUCCUCGGCCUCCACCAUUCAGGGCCCGGCGUCAGGCCCAGGUGGCGCUGCUUUGGCCAAUGCUCUGGCCUCGGCCCACUACACGGCGUCGCUGCAGGAGAAGCACAAGAUCCUCCACAAGCUGCUGCAGAACAGCAACACUCCCGACGAGGUGGCCAAGAUCACAGCCGAGGCAACUGGGAAGGUGACCCUGGGGGGCCAGGAGGUCCCAGGGGAGACGGGGGCUGGGGGAGGAGGAGCAGGAGGAGUGACUGAGCCCAAGCAGGAGCAGCACAGCCCCAAGAAGGAGAAGACCCACGCGCUCCUCCACUACCUCCUCAACAAGGACGACACUAAAGAGCCCGUGGACGUGAAGCCCAAGCCUGAGGAGCUGGAAGGAAAGGGCCCCCCAGGAGCCACUGCCGGUCCCCCAUCCAGAGGCCCUGGACCCACCCCUGAACAUCCAGAAAGCAAGAUCAAGUCAGAGCCACCUGAUGAGUUGGAGAACCUGGAAUCCAUCCUGGGAGGUCUGAGGGGUUCUGGCUCUGAGUUCUACCCAGAGCAGGGAGGAGGAGGAGGAGGAGGUGCUAAUGAAGGAGGGAACAAGGCCCAGGGUUGCCUCGAUGACAACCUACAAGGGAGUCCGGGGAUGGCCCCUGGCCAACGAGGGCCCUUUCAGAGGGCCAUGUCAGUGGACGCCAAGCCCCUCGGCGGUCCUGGAGGGGCGGGGAGGCGUCCCAUGCUCAUCAAACAGGAGAAUAUGUUGAGCAGCCCAGACGGAUACCCGGGGAACAUGGGUGUGUGUCCGCGAGGCGUUGGAACAAGGCCGAUGAACAGGGGCAUGGGGGUUCCCCAGCGCUCUCCCAUGGGGGGGUCAGGGGAUUGGGGGAUGCCCCGCUCCAGUGCCAGCCCCGUGGGCUCAGCCGGUCACCCUUCUAUGAUCCGCCCUGGCAUGGACUACAACUCCAAAGGCAUGAUGGGAGGUCCCAUGGUGGGCAGGUCCAACAGUGUUCCUGGCACUAGAUCCAUGCUGCAGCAACAGCUGAUGGACUUGGGAUGUUCUGGUGAGAUGGGGAUGGGGAUGAGUCCGUUCAGUCAGCAGGGCCAGCCCAACCAGUCUCCCUCCUGGCCUGACAGUGUGAUGGGCAUGGAGGGCAACCACAACAGGCGUCAGUUUGGGAACGCCCUGGACGAGCUCCUGGCUCCGCCCACCACCAGCGAGGGCCAGAGUGACGAGCGAGCGCUGCUGGACCAGCUGGACUCUCUGCUCAACAACACGGAUGGCAUCGCCCUGGAGGAGAUCGACCGGGCCCUGGGCAUCCCCGACUUGGUCAGCCAGGGCCAGGGGCCAGAGCAGCACGGUGAGCCCUUCCCCGGCCAGGACCCCUCCAUGGUGCUAGAGCAGAAGCCUCUGUACGGCCAGGGCUACCCCGGCCCCCCCUCCAUGGCCAUGCAGUCAGCCUACGGGGGGAGCCCCAUUCAGGGCCAGCUCCAACAGGGGAGCUUCGGCCCCAUGCUCUCCCAGAUGGGCCAGGGGGGCAGCUUCGCGGGGAUGGGGGGUAUGGGUCACCCUCGCGCCAACAUGAUGAGACCCAGGAUGAUGAGCGCCACCAAACCCAUGAGGCUCCAGCUGCAACAGAGAUUACAGGGCCAACAGUUUAUGAGUCAGACUCGGCAGGGGAUGGCCAUGAAGAUGGAGAACCCUGGGGCGGGUAACCCUGGCAUGAGGCCGGGCAUGCAGCCUGGCAUGGGGGGACAGCCUGGCUUCCUGAAUGCCCAGAUGAUGGCCCAGCGUAGCAGGGAGAUGGUGACCAUGCAGAUGAGGAGACAGAGGAUGAUGAUGCUAAUGCAGCAGCAACAGCAGCAGGCGGCAGCGGCGGCCGCUGGGGGAUUCAGCCCCCCUCCCAACGUCACCGCCCCCGCCGGCAUGGACACCCCCAUGGGAGGCCCCAACAUGGGCCAGCCGGGCCCCCAGCAGUUUGGCUACGGGGGAAACUACGGUAUGACCCAGCAGGGUGACCCGUCGUUCGGCCCUGCGGGCGGCAGCCCCCCCAACACUAUGAUGUCAGGCCGCCUGGGUCCUCAGAAUCCCAUGAUGCAGCAGCAUCCCCAGGGCGGACCCAUGUACCAGAGUACCGAGAUGAAGGGCUGGCCGCAGGGAGGCAUGGCCCGCAACAGUACGUACCCCCAGCAGCAGUUUGCCCAACAGGGUAACCCUGGGCAGCAGCAGUUUGCCCAACAGGGUAACCCUGGGCAGCAGCAGUUUGCCCAACAGGGUAACCCGGGGCAAUACGGGGGCAUUAUGAUAAAUGGGGGCAUGCCUGCCAACGGAGGAGGGGGCCAUAUGGGCCAGAUGGGGGGCCAGAUGGGGAUGAACCCCAUGGUGAUGGGACGUAUGCCGAUGGGGCCUGAUCAGAAAUAUUGCUGAACCUGAGACCGAGGCGUGUGGUGGAACAGAAACGGACUCAAUGUGAUCCCUUUCAGAGAGAGGAGUGCAGUGCUCAGUGUGUGCCGGACCAAAUGUACCUGUGAGUGGUAUUCUACUCCCACCAGUUGGGGGUGCUGUUCCUCUGAACUCAAGGACAGUCUCACAAAACAAGACCGAGGACACACUCUAUUCUACAUGCACUUACAUGAGACACGCCAUGACCCACCAACACACACACACACACUCAAAAACAGUCACGUAUGUAAAGCGGAGACGCACUGUGACACACACACACAAACUGACAGAUACACAACUGUUUCAUUCCUCCAUCAGUCUUUAGUGAUGUAGUUUCAUUAGUCCUCUCUCUGGGUUCUAUGUCUGUACUGUACUGGACACACGCCACUCGCUGGACCAAACAGACUGAAGCGGGGGACACCCAACUAAUAAUGAUCUGGCUCUGACAGACACGGACGGGGGGACGGAUGGACAGACAUGAGAAGACAUCCUCUCGUGGGAUGUAACUAACGCUUUGUUCACCCCUGGGCAUGGGAAUUCUCUCUCUGCUUCGAAACAUUGGAGGAAUUAUUCCCUAGUUCUGGUCCUGAAGGACCACUGUGUAUGCAGUGUAUCCCAUCCGGUCUCUGAAUCCACUCUUAAUGAAUGACAUAAUACACAUGAUGUAGUCCCAUUGCUGGAGAAGGUGGGAGUUGCUUGUAAUCACUGACACAGGGUCAGCUAUUUUCACAUCCCCCUAAUAGUUAAUAUUAGGGACACUGAUCCUAGAUCUGUGGUCAUGGGCAACUUCUACCUCUAUAAGAUAAAUUACUAUACUGAUGAGCAGGCCUAUAGUCAAUGAAACAACUCCGAAGUAAGUAAUUGAGAGUCAGUAUACAUACACAGUGGUCCUGCAGGAGACUGGGUUAAGGUACGACAGAAAUAAAUACUAGUUGGCUGUGAUUGCACUUUACGGAAAGGCUGUCGUCAAAAGGAUUGUGGAAAUAUUUCUUGGUCAUAGAGGCCUUUACCCAAGAAUGAAUGCAUAACAGAAAAUCUUGUUUUGCUUUUGUGUGUGUCGGAGGAUGGGGACUAUUUUGAUUGGAAAUGGAUUACCGUGACGAUCAUUAUUCUAAAUGGUUAACCAAUUGAAAGGCAGUAAGCACAGAUUUUAUAGAACACUUUCUUCUGCAGUGUGUUGAUUAUGGGAAAGUUAGUGGAUUUCAAAGGUUCUGAUUAUUAAAGUCGAUCCUUAAAAUGUGCUGACCUAUUUCAGAGGGCAAAAUUACCCUCAAUAUCUAUACAACUAUUCAUAAAUGAUCAUUUAAAAAAAGGUGAGUAUAUUGUAUUUUUAAGGAGUAAUUCGUAAGAUUUACAUUCUUGGUUACCUCAUGGAACACUUGAUAGCGAUUUUUUGCCAGUUAUUGAAUAAGUUAAUUCCUAAAGUAAUCCACACACUGUGAAAGAAAGGGUAUCCCUGAUUUUAAUGUAUGUUUAUGCAGAUUUCUAGCAAUAAUAUUUUGUCUUGGUUCUCCUGUGAGGGCAAAGUGAAGCAUCAUUUACUCAAAGUCAAAACGAUGGUACUGCAGUAUUAGGAUACUACUCAUCUUGUUUGGAUUUUUUAACAUUUUGUCUGUGAAUAUAAAUUGUACAUACGCUUCAAAUGUAUUAUAUAUAUAUAUAAAUAUAUGCUUUUGUAGGUCACAUACUGUUUUUGCACAGAUUGUCAGGCUAGAUAUUUAAAGUAUAAUUUUCUUAUUAUGUCGUAGGUCAAGACAGCUUUUAUUUUCAAUACUUUAACCAUGGGCGAAAAGCAAGGGGCUAUUUCUCUGAUCAAUACUGAAAUACUUUGGCUCGAUUUCUCUCAGAAAGCUACAACUGCCACUUUUGUUCUCUCAGAAAACACUUUUUUUUAUUUGUGAUCUAUAAAUCAUACAUUUCUCUUUUUCAAAGACAUUGUGUAUAUUUAGAGAUGCUUGUGUGAUCCUGUCUUUUUCUAUUAAUAGAUUUGUUUUGUUUUAAGAGCAAUCAAACACACACAAUGCCAGAAGAGGAUUUAUGUGAUUGUGUUAGACUUAUGAGGGUCCAUGUUUCUUACCAGUGUGUGGAUUGAUAUUUUUUAGAUAGGGCCCUAUGACUCCAAUGGCUCUACUACUCAGGCUCCCAAGUGGCACUGUGGUCUAAGACACUGCAUCUCAGUGCAAAAGGCAUCACUGCAAUACCUGGUUCAAAUCCAGGCUGCAUCACAUCCGGUUGUGAUUGGGAGUUGGCCCAGCGUUUGGCGGGGUAGGCCGUCAUUGUAAAUAAGAGUUUUUCUUAACUGACUUAAAAGGUUAAAUAAAAAAAUAAAAAUAGUUCCAUUCCUUAUAAUUCCAUACUCUAUAAUUGGCCAGGCUACUUAACAGCGACUAUGUGCUCACAGGUAUGCUAUUAUAGACAACCCAGAGUCAUUACAAUACUCUAUAAUUGGCCAGGCUACUUAACAGCGACUAUGUGCUCACAGGUAUGCUAUUAUAGACAACCCAGAGUCAUUACAAUACUCUAUAAUUGGCCAGGCUACUUAACAGCGAUUAUGUGCUCACAGGUAUGCUAUUAUAGACAACCCAGAGUCAUUACAAUACUCUAUAAUUGGCCAGGCUACUUAACAGCGACUAUGUGCUCACAGGUAUGCUAUUAUAGACAACCCAGAGUCAUUACAAUACUCUAUAAUUGGCCAGGCUACUUAACAGCGACUAUGUGCUCACAGGUAUGCUAUUAUAGACAACCCAGAGUCAUUACAAUACUCUAUAAUUGGCCAGGCUACUUAACAGCGACUAUGUGCUCACAGGUAUGCUAUUAUAGACAACCCAGAGUCAUUACAAUACUCUAUAAUUGGCCAGGCUACUUAACAGCGACUAUGUGCUCACAGGUAUGCUAUUAUAGACAACCCAGAGUCAUUACAAUACUCUAUAAUUGGCCAGGCUACUUAACAGCGACUAUGUGCUCACAGGUAUGCUAUUAUAGACAACCCAGAGUCGUUACAAUAUCAAGACUGCUUCUCUAGUUUUCUCCCCUUCCGUUGGGCACAGAUGCUGGUUUGUGGUGGUCGGUUUUUUACUGUAUGUGGGCAGUAACACUGCGGUUAGUUAUAUUUGUGGCUUCGCUUUGUCAAUAGGAAGAGUCAGCUCAUGUUGAGGAAGGCUGUAAACUAGAGGGUUAUUUGGAUUUCCCUCUCUCUCUGUCUGGUUUGAAGGUUAUUUUGGGACAUUUUACAUGGUUUUAUGUUGAACCUUGAUAUUGCAUUUACAUUGUAGUAUUUUCUGUGAAGCUUUGUGAGAAAAUCUUUUAAGACAUGCUCAAUCCAAAGAUUUUUGUUUUGUCAUUCUGCAGUGCUUAGAAACCGGUUGUAGAUGGUGCAAGUACUCUACUGGCGUGUGUAUUUCUCUGCUGCACAACCUACAUGUAAUCUGUUUUUCUUUGUGUGUGUGUGUGUGUGUGUGUAUUCCCAUUCAUACACCACAUAGAGCUAACAUGGGUCUGAUUCUGCUGAAGUGAUUUUAAUCUUGUUUGUAAUUGUUGUUUUAUUUUCUUGAUUUUUUUUAUCUCUUAUAAUGUAUGGCCAGUUCAAAGUUGUGGUGCGGGAAACAGUUGUUUCAUGAGAUUGACCACUCAGAAAAGAAGCUAUUUUAGUGGCACUAACCUGAGGUAGAACGUCUGACGAUAAGAGACUAUCCCAUGGACUCUAAAACUAUUUACAAUGGCUUCAAUGCUAUCUUAUCUUUUAACACAACGGAGAGUAUCUUUAAGCUGUUUGAUGGAAACUUCAUUACAUCAUGGAGUAGCCUAGAGUGAUUUUUUUUUUGUUUCAGUCUUGAUGAAGUAUAUUAAAAAAUAUUUGCCUACUGAAUAUUCAAAAUAACUGUUUUCCGUGCUUUUGCUUAAAAAAAAAAAGAAGAUUCCUCUUGAUGUAUCUACCCUUUGAUUAAGUGGAAAGAUGGGGGAAUAAAAUAACACUUGGUGGGGGGGGGGGGGUAUACGGUCAUAAUUUCAGGAUGUAAAUUACUGUUGCAUUUUUUUCUUACUUGUUUCUUGAUGUUAAUAUUGAUGUAAAUACAAAUUUCUAUUUAAACAUUA